CCGACAUGUCAGCUUCCCAGAUCCCCAACCUCAAUACCCUUCGUCGAGGUGGUGGGAGAGGCCGUUUCAGAGGACGCGGAGGUGCCGAUGGCAGCCUUUCUGGUGGAGGACAUGGACCGCGCGGGACAACGAGUAAAGACCGUGUGGUUCAAGGUACUGACAAUGACGCCAGUGUCUCCCGGCUGAGUGCGGUGGCACUGGGUUAUUUGCACGAUCCUUUCGCAAAAGCCGUACUUGGUCCGGGUUUCGAGACAAGAAGGUUGCCAAUUAUCAACAGAGGUACUUAUGUCCGAACCACCGCGAUCGACCACCUUGUCGCCCAAUUCCUCUCUCAGGAGCCCCAGACGAAGAAACAGAUUAUAUCACUUGGUGCCGGUACAGAUACACGCGCCUUUCGACUCUUCGCAUCGCAGUCACGCCCGAAUCUGAUCUAUCACGAGGUUGAUUUCGCCGUCAACACAGCCGCCAAGAUUAAAUUUAUUCGUUCAACGCCUCUCCUCCAACAGGCACUGGGCAUUGGGCGACCGGAAGACACCACAAUUUCUGACGCUGGGGAUGCGCUGCACACAGAUGUGUAUCAUCUUCACCCAUUGGAUCUGCGCUGUCUGAAGCGCAUGCCUGUCUCCGCCGAUGCGGCGCAGGCUGACUCAAGGGCAUACCUGCGGGAUGUGGACACGACGCUACCUACACUUUUGAUUUCGGAGUGCUGCCUGGUGUAUCUCUCUCCGAGCGAAGCAGCAGAUGUUGUAGGUUACUUUACGGAAACUUUGUUUCCUGGUGCGGGUGGUAAGUCAAAUGCUGAUACCUCUGGUGACACCGGGAGGACCGAGUCAGUAACGCCACUCGGCCUGAUUCUCUACGAGCCCAUUCGUCCGGAUGAUGCUUUCGGACGAACAAUGGUGUCCAACCUUGCGACGCGCGGGAUCCACUUGCAAACGCUCCAUCAGUACGCAUCACUAGCGGCGCAGCGAAAACGGUUGCGAGAACAAGGCUUCAGCGGGGGCCAAGCCGCGGCAGAUGUGGAUUUCAUCUGGGAACGAUGGGUGAGUGAAGAGGAAAAGGAGAGGGUGUCCGGACUUGAGAUGCUGGACGAGAUGGAAGAAUGGAGAUUGCUGGCGCAACAUUAUUGUAUCGCAUGGGGCUGGCGCGAGGGGUCUGUAGGAGCGUUUGACAGGUGGAGAGGGAUUCAGGGACAAUUAGCGGAUUGACCUAGCAGGCAGACAGCUGCCAUGCCUUGGAAGUCGACGAUGUCCACUAGCGUCGAAUGGCAUGACUUGGAUGCUGGCGGUUGCGCGCAUCGGUACCAGUGCAAUCCUUAGGGCCAAGCACAACGUACUACUACUAGUGGUACCCCUCCUCCCUCUCAAGAGACUAUCGAACCAUUAGCCGAAUACUACCCAGCGAAAGUAGUGUGCAAACAAAGUUUGGCCGGUCUCUUUCCGCCAUUGGCCCCCCUUUUCAACGCUGGCAUUCGGGUCCAUUCUGUCGCAUAGGUUUGCCCUCAACGCUGCUUUGUGGAAAAUAAAACAAAAUUGCAGUUGUCGGGUCGCUCUGCUGAUCUUUGUAGAAUUGUGUGGUCUGGACCAGGUUCUUCGACGAUCAGCACCUGCCACUGGGUUCCCUUCCGAUCAACAUAUCCCAGCCCAGCACAAACCAAUUUACAGUGGUCCUGGACAGAUGAUGGAUCUGCUGUCGGUAGAAAGACUCGUUACUGAUGAUGCUUCGUGACAGCCUUGUCAACCCCCACAAUUCAAUCCAAUCAAUCAAUUAAAUUACGCCGUAAUUA